CUCCACCUCUCCCCCGACCGCCUUCCUCUGAGCUUUUUAGAUGUACAUAAUCCCUGAGUUGACCCAGAAAACAGGCAGUCGUUUCAAGAUCUGAUGCGGCAGUCUUUGUGCACACCGUCCCCGCUGGAGCAUGACGCGUAACCCGCAGGAAUAGACGCUGUAAUUCGCCUUGUGGAGGAAAACUGUUUAAAUACACGGAGCCGAAGCAAAGUCGCGCAACUUUGUGAAUACGUCGCGGAUUCGGACCGGAGGCAUGGCGGACCAUCUGAUGAUGCCCAUGAAUCACAGCUCAGCGGGCCCUAGUCUCCACGGUUACAGGAUGGGCAUGAAUGGCGGCCUGCAGGCGGGUCACCAGCAGCACGCCAACCAGCAGGCUAUGCGGGCACUGCCCAACGGCCAGAUGAUGCACUACGGCGGCGCCCAGGCCAACAUGGAGACCGCCAUGAGGCAGCGGCAGGGCAUGGUGGGCGGGCCCAUGAACGGACAACUGAAUGGGGCGCAGAUGGGUCACCACCAGAUGACCUCUGGGAACAUGAUGUAUAAUGGCCAGCAGCAGCAACAGCAUCACAUGCAUCCGCAGCAGCAGCAGCACCCUCAGCAGCACCAACAACAACAACACCACCACCAACAACAACAACAACAACAACAACAACAACAACACCACCAGCACCAACAACAAGCCCAGCAGCAGCAGCAACAACAACAACAACAACAACAACAGCAGCAGCAGCAGUUUUUGAACGGAGGGUUGACGUCCCAGCAGCUCAUGGCCAGCAUGCAGCUCCAGAAACUCAACACCCAGUACCACGGACACCCACUGGGACCUAUGGGAGGCAACCACAUGGGCCCCACCACCCAGUACCGCAUGAACCCAGCCCAGCUGGCCAACAUGCAGCACAUGGCCGGACCCGCCCUGGCCCUGAACGGCAUGGACGCGGACAUGAUCGACGAGGAGGUUCUGACCUCGCUCGUCAUGGAGCUGGGUCUGGACCGGGUCCAGGAGCUGCCCGAACUCUGCCUGGGCCAGAACGAGUUUGACUUCAUCUCAGACUUUGUCAACAAACAGCAGCCCAGCACCGUGAGUUGCUGAGAGGACACAAUGGUGCAAAAUGGGGGGGGGGGGGACAAAUGGAGAGGGAGUUGUCCACGGUGGACGGAGAGUGGACGUCUUUUUAUUUAGGG